CCUCAUUAAAUUUCCCAGUAACGCCGCUGUACACUUUCAGCAGCUUCUCCUCCCUCCAUCUUUAUCUUAUACGGAGUAUCCAUUCUUUCUGCCCAUUCUCUAGUCUGUACAAGAUAUAUAUCUCUCCUAAAAACUCUCUACUCGGAACUUUUCUGGUUUCCUUAUUCACCAUUUGAAGACAAGGAAAGAGCACUUUUGUUUUUACUACAGAGUAUUUUGUUCUCCUCUUUCAAUUGUGCAACCAGAAAAUCGACUAGGAAUGGCUUCUUCACAAGUCCAAGUCGCGGCAUCGUCUUCUUCAUUGAGUUACGUCCUGAGAGAUCGCAACCGCCGGGACCGUUGUAGCCCCAAAGGACCCAAUUCAUUCCAGAAGAAUCUUAAAGGUUUUGUGCAUUCUUGCAUUUCUCGUCAAUCCAGUGACUUCAAUUCCGAUUCUGAUGAGAACUUGUGGGUUGAUAAUCCCCAGCAGCAUUACCUCGGCAGUCAAUGGAAGGCUUCGGAAGAUUGGGGGUUUUUGUCGGCGGUGGAGGGCAAAGAGCUGGACGGUUGUGAGAUUUUGCGGCGACCGAAAUCCGAUACCUCCGCUAUGGAGUUCCCGCAUUCCGGCGGCGUCUCUUCCCUUGUUCGGAAAUUUAGUGAUUUUGUAGCGGAAGCGAAAAUAAACAAUUCCAUCAGCAACUCCGCCGGCUACACAUUUUUAUCGAAGAACGUUUCGGAUACGGAGGUUCCUCGGAGAGGCUCCGACGCAUGCGGAGAAUCUUCAAUUGACGGCGGUUCCGAGAUUCCUGGCAACGAAGACAACUCAUUUGGGGGUUGGGAUUCCGACCGGACGCCGAAGAGUGGCCCCCAGUCCGUCCGCGCGAUAGAUUUUGAUGCCGCCAUUGGCAAGGAGAGGGUCAGAGUGGCCGACAUAGUAAGAAAGCUGUCAUCUAGUGCUGCCGAUGACGACAAUCAUGACAGAGAACCCAGCAGCAUUAAUGGCGGAAACGACGGAUCUUUUAUCCGCGGAUCUCAGGCGGUGGCAUACGGUUGUUUUCUAAUGCAAGUAGAGCGGGAUAGAACAAUGGAGCUUGAACGACUUGUGGAGCUCAAAUCCGUUUCUAAAUUUAAGCAAAGAGGCCGCAUUAAGGCCAUGCUUCGCCUAAUGAUCUUAAGGAGGCCAGAAACAGGAAAUGAUCCACCAUCUAGUAGCAUGUCGUCUGAGUAUAGUAGAAAAUCAAAACCUUCAAUACUGCAUCUGAGGGAGAGGUUCAAUGCUGGAAUUCAGCAUAAGAGUGGAAAAGAAGCAAAAGCUUUUGCAUCCAAUCAAUCAAGAGAAGAGAGCCAUCAUCAGGAGUCUUUUUUAAGCAAUUACAGUGAAGUAGUAGUAGAAAGUUCCUCAGGAAAUGGACAUGUUUCUCCUUCGCUUGGACUUAAAGAAGAAGAGAAUCAUCAAUCCCAAAUAAUAACUCAUCGUCCUUGCAAUAACCAAAGUUUAGGAGGUAGUUUUACCUCAACUACACUUGAGAGUCAUGAUAAUGAUCCUGACCAACAAAAUUUGCAGCAUUUCCAUGGCAAAGCUGAAGCUGGCUGCAGCAAUAGGUCAAUAGGGGCUGCGAUGUCUAUCAGGGAUAAUGAAGUAAUACGAAUGGUUGAACAAAGGGAAGGUUGUAAUGACUUUUCAAUUUAUUGGGAACAGGAUGAUGAUCAACAAACAAUAGAAAGUGAUUCCCACCAACAAGCAGAAGUUGGUCAAGAUUGGGUAAGUGACGUAUCUCGCCCUCGCAGCGAGUGGCAUGAUCUCAGGCAAGCAAGAUACGAGGAGAUGCUUGAUCCUUUCUCAGAUAAUAACAAUGACAUACGUGAACUCCUUCAAAGGAAAAGUGUUUCAAACUUUCUUUCUGGAAGCCUGAGAGACAAAAUAGAUCAGAUGAUGAUAUCUCGUACACAGAGCCAACCAGUUCAGGUGAAUAGAGACAUGCAGGAAAAAGCAAAAGAAGAAACAGUGUUGCAAGAUGAGGAUAGGGAGUUGGAGGACCUAGUUCAUGUUGAAGACGAAGAAGAACAAUAUAAAGAAGACAUAUAUGAAGGUGAAAGCCAAUUUCAAGAACCCGAUGAUGGAAGUGGAGAAGAUGUUCAGUUUGCAUCUACAUCCUUAUCACAAUCUCAGUGUGCUACUUUUUGUUCACAAAGGUCAUAUCCACCCUGUUGCACAUGCCAUCCUUCACCUGAAAUAGAAAUUAUAUAUGAAUUAAGGGGGCAUAUGGAACAACUUCAUCAAGAAAUAGCUGAACUGAGAAGUUCAAUAAAGAGUUGCAUGAAGUCACAAGCAAAAUUACAACGCUUAAUAAAGGAGGAUUCAGCAGCUCUAAGCCAUUCAGAUCAAAAAAGUAGGAGGGAUUCAAGCAGUAAGCAUCCUAGUGAUGGGAAUUGCUGCAUUUGCUAUGAGAUGAAAGUUGAUUCUCUCUUAUACAGGUGUGGGCAUAUCUGCACCUGCUUCAAGUGUGCCCAUGAGCUGGCUUGGGGCAGUGGGAAGUGUCCGGUAUGCCAUGCACCAAUAAUAGACGUUGUACGUGCUGUAUAUGCUCAUUCAUGAGGAGAGCAUCAUCAACAAGUUCGUGUCCCAGUGGCUCCUUAUUUCUCACUAUCCAAUGAAUAUCUAGCUGGUAGUCGUUUUUAUAGGUUUUCUGCACCCUUACAGCCCGAAACGAGUUUUGAAAUCUGGGCCAGAGCGUAUUAAUAUUAGAAUAUCAAAUAUGGAUAGGAACUUAAAAUGUAACCAGUAACAUUCUAAGGGUUAUAGUGAUCCCCAAUAAAAAAAAGUUGAAUACGGAG